AUGCCCGUCGUCGUCGAACUCACGACGCGCUGCUACGUCCACGAGAUCUCCUGGGACAUCCUGGGCCCCUCGUCCGACGCGAACCUCGCGGGCAACUACUACCCGACGUCCGCGCUGCUGGCCAAGUUCCCGGACGAGGCCUGCGCGAUCGUCGCGGACCGCGUCGCGCGCGCGCCGAACGCCGACUGCGGCGUCAUCUGCAACCAGCUCGGCGGCAAGGCCGCGGAGGUGCCCAAGGACGCGACGGCGGUCUACCACCGCGACGCCGGGUUCUGGCUCAUCAUCAACGCGGGCUGGAAGGGGUCGCUCUUCGCGUCCGAGGCCGACGAGCGCGACAAGGCCGUCGCCUGGGCGAAGGGCCUCCGCGACGCGCUGUUGCCCUACGCCAUCGGCCGCUACGGCGCGCUCUCGCAGGACGCGGCCGACGGCUGGAACGACGCCUGCGGCCAGGAUCCGCUCGCCAUGGCGUCCUGGGGCGCGAACUACGGCAGGCUCCGCGAGCUCAAGGCCAAGUAUGACCCGACGAACCUCUUCCGCAUCAACCACAACAUCGAGCCCCGACUAAAGCCCUGGACCAUCUCGAAGCCGCCGCCGCGGCGCGCGUCCUGGUCCACGUGCAGCCACCCGUCGGCGGUCCGCGCGCCCGGCCGCCACGCGCAGCAGCCGUCGAAGGACGCGACCAUGGGCUCGUCCUCCGCCGCGCGCCACACGGCGCGGAACGCCGCGGCGACGCGCGGCCGCGUGCGCACGAACCACUGCAGGUCCGAGUGGCCGACGUUGAACCAGGGCAGGAUGCCCGUCGCGCCGACGCCGGGCGGCCACCGGUCGUCGGUCCACGUGGACGCGUCGCCGCGGUCGACGCCGCUGCCGAGGCCCUCGACGUGGUCCCAGAACUUGCCCACGGCGGCGUCGGCUUCCUCGGCCGUGAGCGCGUCGAAGACGACGUAGCCGUGCUCGUCGAGGUGGGCCAGCGCGUCGGCGUCGCCGGGCGCGAAGCGCGCACCUCGACGUAGCGCGGCGCGGCAAAGGUCGCCAUCGUUCUCCAGGGGACGAGCGCGGCCGCGAGCGCGCGGCGCAUGCACACGGUGUGUGUAGGAAUAGGACUGCGAUGCGCGCACAGCGACGCGAUGCGCGGUCCGGCACGACUCGGCUUCGAUUAAUUGCCACAAGCCAUC